AUGUCAGGCACGCAAACCUUCAAGAUCGCCUCUAUACCCGGCGACGGCAUCGGCACAGAAAUUACAGAAGCUGCCAUCCAAGUCUUGGAUAAAUUGGCUCAAGUGGAUGGAAGCUUCAAGCUGGACUACACACACUUUGAUUGGAGCAGUAAAGCAUAUAAUGAGAGAGGAUGGUAUAUGCCGCCAGAUGGCAUGGAGCAGCUGCAAAAGCAUGAUGCCAUCUAUUUCGGGGCCGUGGGUUGGCCAGAUGUACCCGACCACAUCUCUCUCUGGAACUUAAUCCUUCCAAUCCGCAAGAACAUGAAUCAAUACGUCAACGUGCGACCCACGCGCAUCCUCCCAGGCACAAAAUCUCCACUUUCGUCCUGCGAGACCGACCCUUCCACGCUCGACUGGAUCAUCAUCCGCGAAAACAGCGAGGGGGAAUACGCAGGUCAAGGCGGCACAACCCACGAAAACAGUCCCCACACCAUUGCCACCGAACUCGCCAUCUUCAGCCGUGUCGGCAUAGAAAGAAUCAUGAGAUACGCCUUUGAAACGGCAAGAUCAAGAGACAGGAAAAAGUUGACAAUGGUGACCAAGAGUAAUGCCCAGAGACAUGGCAUGGUCCUGUGGGACAAAGUGUUUUAUGAGGUUGCCGAGGAGUAUCCAGAUGUUCAGCAUGAUAAGAUGCUGGUAGAUGCCAUGACGGUGCGUAUGGUCAACAAUCCUGCAAGUUUGGAUACCAUUGUCGCGACGAAUCUGCAUGCCGAUAUCCUCAGUGACUUGGCGGCUGCGCUGAGUGGCAGUAUUGGUAUUGCUCCUAGCAGUAACCUGGAUCCUACCAGAAAGCAUCCUAGCAUGUUUGAGCCUAUCCAUGGCAGUGCUCCAGAUAUUGCGGGCAAGGGUGUCGCCAACCCUGUGGGUGCUUUCUGGAGUGCCGCCGAGAUGAUCAGGUGGCUUGGUCAGGGCAAGUUGGACGGCAUUGCUGACAAGCUCAUGCAAGCGAUUGAGAAUGUGACUAAGGCUGGUGUCAAAACGAGGGACUUGGCAGGAAACAGCAACACCAGAGAAGUGACCGAAGCAGUGUGCAGGCAGAUUGAGACAGUCUUCAAGAAGUAG